AUGCAGACUCAAGUAAGAAAGUGUAAUAUUAUGUCAUGGCUAACCAAAAAGCAGAAAGCAGUGCCAGUGGAGCCGUGCAGUAGCAGUGACAUGGACUGCAGCCAGAUUGAAUCAACAGAAGAAAGUAGCCCUCAAAUAGACUCACAGCCAAAUUUAAUUUCUAUUACAGCACCUGCUAGAAAAGAGAAUAAUCCGAAUAAAAUAAAGGCUGCUCCAAAAAGCAUAAAUAGGAGAGAAGAAAUAAAAAACUCAGCAGACUUAUUUGAAGAGGAAGUAGAGGAGGGUGAGGAAGAGAAGAAAUCUUUUCUUUCACCCCCUGUGGAUAAGUUUGGAAGAAGUCCUGGGGACAUAGGAUAUGACAAAAGCACACUGUAUAUAUCAGAUAAGGAGUUAUCUGCUAUGACUCCAUGUGAAGAGCAAUUCUGGCGUAUAAAGAUGGAGUACUUUGAUACGAUUGUUUUCUUUAAGAAAGGAAAGUUCUAUGAGUUGUUUGCAGAAGAUGCCGUUCUCUCAUCUGAGCUAUUUGGGCUGAAGCUAACAAAAAGAGGAACAAUGAAAAUGACAGGGAUCCCAGAGAUGUCUCUUGAUAUGUGGAUAGAGAAGUUUAUAUACAAAGGGUAUAAAGUAGCAAUUGUAGACCAGAAAGAAACCAGUGUGUCUCAGAACAUGAGAGUUAAAUCAGGAGAAGCCAAACAAAAAGUGAUUGAAAGAGAACUGAAAGAAGUAGUCACAGAAACAACCACCAGUUCAGAAGGCAUAGGAAUAUGCAGCUUGUUUGUUCGUGAGAUAGAUGGCACAGAAAAAGCAAAUGUCACAAUAUCUGUAUUUAGGCCGAUGGAGUCUGAAUUUUUUGUGUUAUCAUUUGAAGAUGAUAGAGAGCUAUUCUCUACGCAGAGCAUACUAAAAAAAGAGAAUAUUAAAGAAAUUAUAACCAAUGCAUCUGUUCCAUUUAAAGAAAAGAUUGUCCGGGUGCGGCCAGAUGUGUGGGGACAAAAUGUGUCUCCUAUAAUUGAAAAAAUGGGAAACUCAGGACUCAGUUUAGAGGGAGAAAAAAAGGAAGCUCUUGAGAUUCUUCUUUCCUAUCUGGAAUACUUAAAGUAUGCAUUUACUCCCAAGCUAAUAGAGUAUAGCGAGAAAACAAAAAAUCAGAUGCAAAUUGACGGGAGAACAAUAGAAAUGCUGUGCUUAGUGGAUGGCCCAAAUAGAAAGGAACAAUCUGGAAACUCUCUUUUCCGGCUUAUAGACCAAACUAGAACAAAGCAGGGAAGAAGACUUCUUAGACAAUGGAUUAUUCGGCCUCUUUCCUGCCUUAGCAAAAUAGAAAAAAGAUAUGCCACAGCAGAGCUACUAGAUAGUGUUCCAGAGAGAGAUAUGCUUGAGUCGUAUUUGCAGCAAGUAGGGGAUAUUAGCGAUUUUGUGAAGAAGGCAAAGAAUUAUAAGAUACGCGCAGAGGAAAUAAGAAAGCUUUCUUCUUCUUUAGAUGCGGUUAAAUCCAUAUAUGCAAUAUUACAGUCUAUACUGGCAAGAAGUACACCGAAUGAGAUAGAAAUGACUUGUUUGCAAGUGAUUUGUGAAAAGAUCCAUACUUUUGCAGUAAUUGAUGAAAUAACUCUGGGAUUUGAUAUUUCCGGUGAUAUUAUGCCACUAAGCACAGAUGCCGAGCUUAUUUCUGCUGAAAAGCACAAGAAGAAAGUAGUAAACAUUCUUGAGGUAUAUGGAAAAAAAGAAUCUGCAGCAGCAGGAGUUGAGUUCUUAGUCAAAAAAAUAGGAAGAGAGCACUAUUUAGAAGUGCAAGAGAACAGAGUCUCUUUUGCUUGAAUCAAAGUAUAUACCCUCUGGAUCAACAAAAACAACUGCUAGAUACACUACAGCAGAGCUUCGAAAACUAUCAGAGACAUACCUUGAGGCAGAAGAGAAAAUAGCAUUCUUGGCAGCAGAGUCAGUCUUUAGAAUUUCAAAAAGAAUUAGCGAGAAUGACAUAUGCCUGCAAGAUAUUUCUGUGGGGAUUGCUGCUUUAGACUGCCUUGUCUCAUUUGGAUAUAUUUCUGGGGUAAAGCCAUUAUUUUCAGAAUCUCUGCAGAUAAAAGGACUUGUGAAUGUGGGAAACACACACAUCCCAAAUGACAUAGAUAUAUUCCCAGAAAACAAGCUAAUUGUUCUUACAGGCCCAAA